AGCACCAUGGUAGCCUUGAAUGUUGCCGGCCUUCAUGAUGAUCGUCUGCUAAAGAAAAUCUCUACCACUUGCCACCUGAGUGGGAAGGUUACCCCACGUAAGCCCCGAAAGCCUCAGAAGAAAGUGAAGGCGAUUAUCUGUGUUCUUUUUGUGGAGUUAUUUGAGAGGUUCACUUUUCUUGGGAUUGUGUGUAAUAUGAUCCUCUUUUGCACCAUCAAAUUGGGAUAUGACAAUUACCAAGCAGCCACAGUAAACCUGUGUUUUGUGGGAGCCAGUAUACUCACACCUGUUCUCGCUGGAUGGUUUGCAGAGACAUGUUUGGGAAGGAAAAAAGUUUUCUACCUUUGUGCUCUACUUCAUUUCUUUGGCACAGCACUGCUCCCUGUAGUUGCAUUUCCAUUUGACGAUUUCUACAUGGACACACACAAUAUUAUACAUCACCUUGAGCCGCAGAUACAACAUAUUCUCUUCUACACAGGGCUGCUGGCUGCUGCUUUUGGUAUUGGGGGGAUACGUGCUAUCCUUUGCCCAUUGGGAGUCAAUAACCUUCAAGGUUAUAAUCAAAAGAAGAUACUAUCCUUUUUCAACUGGAUCUACUGGUUAGUCAAUCUGAAUUCUACAGUCAUCUUUUUGGGGAUUGCCUAUAUUCAGCAAUCUGUUGGCAAAAACCUGGGCUUUCUCAUUCCCUUCACUUCCGUUCUCUUGGGUCUCAUUGGAAUACAUAUGGCAUUCAGCAAUCUUAUCCUACACCCCAAGAAAGGUAGUUCAUUGCUGACCACAGUGGGUGUGUUUCUCAAUGCUUUACAAAUGUGCUGUCUCCGUUAUCGUCAUUUGAGUGGAGAUGUGAGUGACUGGCUUGAUCGUGCCAAAGAGAACAAUGGAGGAUGCUACAGUGAGACCAAAGUAGAAAAUGUUAAGAUUCUGGUUAAGCUUUUUCCACUUUUUGGUCUGCAAUUACUCUACCGGGCUUGUAUAACCCAGAUUCCAUCAGGAUACUUUCUCCAGACGAUGCAUUCAAGCCUCAACCUUAAUGGUAUCAUGCUGCCAAUAGCAGCUAUGAAUGUAAUCAGUAUUUUGCCGCUGCUAAUUUUAGCACCGCUACUGGAAUUUGUCAGCACCUGUUACCAGUAUUUAAAGAAAACACCUCCCUCCCCAGUCAAACUCAUAAUAAUCGGCCAUGCGUGUGCAGCUCUGUCUGCACUAAUUGCAGGUAUUUCUGAAAUUCACAGAAAGCACUAUCCUCAGAUGGAUCAGACCCUCUCAGGAACAGUGCUUCAAGUGUCAUCAAUGCCCUGCAUUCAUCUUGCACCUCAGUACAUCUUACUGGGUGUGGCGGAGGCCUUUGUCACACCAGCAUGCUCCCUUAUCUCUUUCUGUCUGACUCCCAGCAACCUCAGAGGGAUCUCCCUACAAUUCCUUACUCUCUCCUAUGGAGGAGGAUGUUUUCUGGGUGCUCUAAUGACUCAGUUCUUUUACUUGGUGUCUGGAGGAAGCUUUUAUCCAAAUAUAUUAAACAAUGGCCAUAUGGAGAGAUUUUUUCUUACUUUAGCAAUAUUGAUGGCCAUAAACACCCUGAUAUUGUGGAAAAUAUCUCACAGGUACACAGAUCUGAGUGUUGAAUUGCAUACAAGAGUGAGACAAAGUCGACUGGCGGAAAAGCUUCUACAGUAUAAAGCCUGUUUCAGAUAUUAUACACUGGAACCUCAACAUCCAUAGAGUCUAUUAUUUAACUUCUGCAUGGUGUUCAAUACCUUAUUGCAUGUUUUACUGUACUACAUGGAUUUAGCAAAGUAUUGCUGCAUUAUGUUUAUUUUAAAAAAAUCAUUGUGGCGCUGGCGUUACACACAAUAUUUUAUAGAAGUAUGUGCUUCAAACGUGUUUUCUCCCACAAAUAUGCCUCAUCAAGCUGUGAAACUGUUUAUUAUUGUUUUAACUUAAUGAAAUUGUUGGUGCUACGAAUCCCUUAAUGUGAAUGAACCACCAUUGGCGGCAUACAAUA